AUGGAUUCAACCGUAUCACCACCGAGCAAAGUCACCGAAGCGUCGAACAAACAUGCCACAUCAUCGAACAUAACAAAAAGAACACCACUCAUUACAGAUAUCGAGCAUUUCGGAAAACGUUAUAAUGUCUAUCGUGGCGAUCGGACGGAACUCACAAGUGAUAGAAUCAACGGUGGAGGAGUGCUGAUCGCGGUUGAAUGCAAAUUCAACAGUGAAAAGCUGAUUCUAUCAGAGCGCAGCGGCCUUGAGCACGUGUGUGUAAAAAUUUCGUUCGACUCGUGUAAUGUCUAUGUGUUUGCAGUGUAUAUUCGGUCGGUACACAAAACUGCAAAGUUCUUGGAAUUCGCUGAGAUUGUGAAAAUGGUCCCAUACAAUGAAAAUGACAUCGUUAUUGUGUGCGGUGAUUUUAACCAGCCUGGUGUCAAGUGGGUCAAAGCCGAUGAUGGUGAUUAUUUUUUGCCAACAAAUGUGUCGACAGAAGGUGGUAUUGCUGUAUUUGACACAAUGUAUGACUGUGGUUUCCACCAACUGUCGAAUAUCGUUAAUCCAGCCGGGAAUGUUUUGGAUCUUGUAUUCACAAACAAGUUCUACGAAAUGUCGUUGAUUGAAUCAACAAGACCAUUGGUUAAAUCCGACAUUUGGCACAAAGCAAUUGAAAUCGAAGUGACAAUUGAUGAAAACGAACUCACAGCACCGCAAUCAUCGGAAAUAUACGCAUACAAUUCGGCGGAUUUCGAUGCGAUGAAUGCAUUCUUCAUUGCAAGUGACAUUUUGUUGGGGAUAAAUCGAAUUGAUGACCUCGAGAAUGCAUUCCAAUUAUUUGGCAAUGUUCUACACGAGGCAAUAGACUCAUUUGUUCCAAAAAUCACCGUUCAAAAGAGUACUGAUCCACCGUGGUACACAAAGCACUUGAAACACAUGAAAAAUGUCAGAAGAAAGGCGUAUAAAAAAGCAAGAGAAACUGGUAACUUUGACGAAUACAACGCAAUCACAGAUUCGUUCUUGCAGUUACAAGGCCAGUUGUUCAAGUCGUACAUCAGCCGCAUUCAAUUGCAAAUCAGAGCAAAUCCAAAACAUUUUUGGCGAUUUGUAAACGACAGAAGAAAGAGAAGUGACAUUCCGCCUUUUGUUGAAUACAACAAUGAGAUUGCGAGCACAGACGUAUCGAAAGCGGAAUUAUUUGCUGAUUUUUUCGAAAAUCAGUAUACACAGAGCGACAAUAUCGACUUGGAUCAAUUGCUGAGUGAAUGCGGUGACAUCUCGUUUGACAUUGACAUCAAUGAAGUAGACGUGAUGAAAGCACUACAAACGAUCAAUGUAAACAAAGGAGCUGGCCCAGAUGGUAUUUCACCAAAACUACUGAAAAAUUGCGCGCAUUCUUUGUCAAAGCCGUUAACAAUGCUAUUUCGUAAGUCGUUGCAUCAAGGAUGUGUUCCGGCAGCAUUGAAAAAUUCCAGAAUUGUUCCAAUAUUCAAGUCUGGAAAGAAAAGCAGUGCAUCGAAUUAUCGGCCGAUCGUGAUAAUACCAACAAUAGCCAAAUUGUUCGAAAUUGUUUAUACACAGAGCGACAAUAUCGACUUGGAUCAAUUGCUGAAUGGAUGCGAUGACAUCUUGUUUGACAUUGACAUCAAUGAAGUAGACGUGAUGAAAGCACUACAAACGAUCAAUGUAAAAAAAGGAGCCGGCCCAGAUGGUAUUUCACAAAGGGAAAAGUACUAA